AUGACUGUUGUGCUAGCGACUAUGAUUCUCGGGGCGCUAAUAGCCCUUUACUUUUAUUUGACGCGAACUUACAAGUACUGGCAAAAACGUGGAGUUCCAUGUGUGGAUGGAGUCUUGCCGGGAUUCGGUAACAUGUUGUCGGUGAUUAGCAUGAAAACGCAUAUCGCUGAUUUCUGUUCCAAGAUUUACAAGGAUAACAAAGGUCGCAGCAUGGUUGGGAUCUAUGACUUUACGUCACCGGCAUUAAUAAUCAUCGAACCAACACUAGUGAAAGUGGUGCUGCAAACCAAUUUUUCAAGUUUUGCUGAAAACGCUGUUCAUAUUGAUGCUGAAACUGACCACCUCUUAUCGUAUAAUCCUUUCUGCCUUUCCGGUGAGAAGUGGUUAAACAGCAGAAAACGAUUAACUUACGCAUUUUCCAGCAUGCGAUUAAAAAUUCUGCUCGAAAGCGUUAAAAAGGUGUGCGCGACGAUGGAGAACUACAUGGAUAGGCAGCUGAGCAACAACGAAAAGGAGUUUGAACUGAAGGCCUUAUUUUCCAGAUACUCCGCUCAGGUAGUAGCUGGUGCUGGCUUCGGCGUAGAUGGAUACUGCUUCGAUGACGAAAAAAAAGAUAUAUCUUUCAGAAAAAUCCUGCAAGCCAUUUUCAAACCGUCUACACGAAGAACAAUUAUGUACGCUCUCACUUUUCUCAUUCCAUCGUUGAAUAAAAUCUUGAAACUAAGCAUAGUCCCGAAGCACGUUGACAAUUUCUUCAGAACAUUAGUUGCAGAACACAUGAAACAAAGAAGAAAGGACGGAAUACCUAGAAACGAUUUCCUCCAUUUGAUGGCUGAACUGGAGCGAGCGGAGGGCGACAAAUUCGAUGAUUUAAUGCUUACGAGUCAGGCGAUGUCAUUCGUUUUCGACGGCUACGAGACGUCCAGCACUGUUAUGAGUUUCAUUGGAUUUGAUUUGGCCCGUCAUCCAGAAAUACAGGAGAAAUUACGAAAAGAGGUGUUAUCCGUACUUAACAAAAACAACGGAGAAAUCACUUAUGAAGGCUUGAAAGAGAUGACAUAUAUGGAUCAAGUCUUCAAUGAAACACUCAGAUUGUUACCCGGAGGUUUCGUAAUGAAGAAACGUUGCACGGAAGAGUUCGAACUGAAAGGCUCUGAUGGAGUUGCCUGUCGCGUGUCACACGGAAUGGAAAUUUUAAUACCAGUUCCAGCUUUCCAUAAGGAUCCCCAAUAUUGGGAAAAUCCCGAGAAAUAUGAUCCUGAAAGAUUCAACUCGGAAAAGAAACACAGCAUCGACAGAUUCACGUUUCUUCCAUUCGGCGAAGGUCCGCGAAUAUGUGUAGGCAUGAGAAUGGCCCGGCUGCAGAUGAAGGCAGGUUUGGCUAUGAUUUUGAGAAAAUACAAGCUGGAACUGUCACUGAAGACGCGAAUACCAUUAAAGAUGAUUUCUAACACUGUACCAGUACCAAAAGGCGGUCUUUGGGCAUAUUUUAGACAACUUUAAAAACGAAAAUCUUUUAAUUUUUCCAAGUUUUUAAUCGUGCAUAUUUUUUAAUGC